AUGAGCGAUGAGGAUGAAGACGAAGACAAUGAUGUUCUGCUGGUUAUUCAAGAUGAGUUCACCAGUACAAGCCAACGCGAGGAUCGCUAUAGAAGCCAGCUAGAUGUCCAGGAAGAUAAUACGCAAGCAUCUCAAAAGCGACAAUCAAGUAUGCUAGCUGAAAGCGACGAUGAUGAUAACCACCCCCUUCCAGAUAAUAGUGGUACUCAACGACGGGCUGGAUUAAGAGAUGCACGGAAGCGCUGUAAAACCAAUGACCCCUAA